GGACCCCGAGGAGAGCGAGGGGAGAAGGGAGAAGCCGGAGCUGCCGGUGCUGCCGGGCCACCUGGCGGGAAAGGGCCUCCCGGCGACGAUGGACCCAAGGGCAACCCCGGUCCUGUUGGUUUUCCGGGCGAUCCCGGACCUCCAGGGCCAGGAUGGCGCCAAGGGCGAGCGUGGGGAGGACGGCGAGCCCGGGGAGCCGGGCCCCCCCGGGGAGCUGAUCCAGCCCCUGCCGAUCCAGCUGCCCAAGAAGAGCAAGCGCUCCAUCGACGCCAGCAAGCUGGUGGAUGAAGAGGAGGGCGAGGACGGCGAGAGACCGGCCGCUGACCAGGCGUCUCGUGACUAUGCUGACGGCAUGGAGGAGAUCUUUGGCUCCCUCAACUCCCUCAAGCAGGAGAUUGAGGGCCUGCGGCGCCCGAUGGGCACCCGGGACAACCCUGCCCGCACCUGCCAGGACCUGCAGCUCAGCCACCCAGGCCUGCCUGAUGGCGAGUACUGGAUUGACCCCAACCAGGGCUGCGCCCGAGACUCUUUCAAGGUUUACUGCAACUUCACAGCAGGCGGGGAGACCUGCGUCUUUCCCAGCAAGGACGUACAGGAGGUGAAGGUGUCGGUGUGGGAGAAGGAGGUGCCCCAGCAGUGGUUCAGUCACUUCCAGGAGGGCAGCAGGUUCUCCUACACGGACUCAGAGAGCCAACCCCUCGGUGUGGUGCAGUUGACCUUCCUACGGCUCCUCAGCGUCUCUGCCCGCCAGAACUUCACCUACCACUGCCACCGCUCGGUGGCCUGGCACAGCACCACCUCCGGGGACCACCAGCGUGCCCUCCGCUUCCUGGCUGCCAACGAGGAGGAGCUCAGCUAUGACACCAGCCCCUACAUCAAAGCCGUGACGGAUGGCUGUGCGAGACCCAUUACCUCCCCUCACACAACUUCAAUGCACACCUUUACCCUCAACUUCCCCGCCUUCAGCAAUAUGGCCAAAACGCUGUCAGGGAGUCUGCACCACCACUUGCAGCUGGGCUGA